AUGUCGCUUUUCUGCUUUACUGAGCCUUUUUUUCCUUUUAUAGGCAUCCAGACUCAUGCGAGAACAAGACGCAAGACUCCGAACUCGUCAGUAGACCAGCUUUUUGACGCCAUCAUGAAUGGAGAUGUGUCAGACGCCGAUCUUUCUGACGAUGAAGUCGCCGAUGUACAGGCAGCUCAAGCGGUAACUGCAUCGAAUGAGGAGCAUGACCCUAAAAUGCAUCCUGCAGACGACGAGGGUGAUCUCAGUGACAGUGAUGAGAUGCCUGCGAAAAAAGUGAAGCAUGUCAAGUGGCUCUCCAAACCUUUCGAUCCAGUGGACACGCGCUGCACCUACCACCCGCUUGGCGGAUCAACGCCAGAAGAACCGCUAAAGUAUUUCAUGAAGUAUUUCACCGAUGAAGUGUUCGAGGACUUCACGAAGUACACAAAUAUUUAUGCCUUGCAGAACACAGGAAACGAACUUUCGUGCUCCGUGCAAGAGAUGAAAGUGUUUUUUGGAAUUCUCAUUUACAUGGGUGUCCUGAAAUUCCCACGUGUCCGCAUGUAUUGGCAAAGCGGUACCCGAAUUUCUGCAAUUGCAGAUGCAAUGGCGGUAAACAGAUUUUUUAAAUUGCGAAGCGCAUUGCACAUAACUGACCAGAAUGAGCCAAGGGAUGCAUCCAGUGUGGACAAGUUCUGGAAGGUGAGGCCGCUCCUCGAUGUCAUUAGGUCCCGGUGCCUUCAGCUUGAAGAGCUUGAACAUAACUGCAUUGAUGAGCAGAUGGUGGCAUUUACAGGAAGGGUCCCAGCAAAACAGGUGGUGAAAAGUAAGCCAAACCCUGUUGGUGUGAAGAUCUUUGUGCGAUGCAGCACCGAUGGUCUGGCGCAUGAUUUUGAACUCUAUCAGGGCAAAGGCACAGGAGUAGACCGGGAGUUCUCCUACCUUGGUCUAGGGGGCUGUGUGGUAAUGAGACUUGUGGAGUCAUUCCCACAGCACCGCAACCUGAAAUUGUUCUUUGACAAUUACUUCACGUCCGUGCUGCUUCUGAGGGAGCUAAAAGGUAUUGGAAUCCUUGCCACGGGUACGAUCAGGUGCAACAGGCUGCUGGGUUGUAAGCUGAAGGGCGAAAAAGAAAUGCGAAAGGAGGAGCGUGGGAGCACCGAUGUCAAGGUGACAGAGGAAGGAGACGUUGCCCUUGUGCGAUGGAAGGACAACAAUCUGGUCACGGUGGCCUCAACACAGGUUUCCACUGGUGAAGCUAGGGCUGUGAGCAGGUGGAGCUCCUCGAAAAAGGAGCGCAUCGAGGUAGAAUGCCCACAGGCUAUACUAGAGUAUAAUCGCCAUCGCCACAUGGGUGGGGUUGAUAAGUUGGAUUUUAUCAUGUCGCUCUAUCACAUCAGAGCAAAGACAAAAAAAUGGCCUGUAAGGGUAAUUUCACACCUCACCUCAUUUGCGCUUGCAAACUCAUGGUUGCAGUAUUUAAGAGAUGCUUCUGCUGAAGGCCUUGUCCGAAAGAACACGAUGGACAUGCUACAGUUUCAAACCGAUACUGCCAUGAGCCUGCUUGUUUCCGAGAAACCUUUGGAGAAGAAGCGAGGGCGACCAAGUGCGGAAAGCUUACAGAGGGUAUCAAAAGCACCUCAUAAUAGUGGACCCCUCCUUACAAACACUGUUCGUUUGGAUGGUAAAGCGCACUGGCCUCAGCACGUGGAUGCACGAUUCCCACAGCGUUGCCGGAAGCCUGGAUGCAAUUCCAAAUCACGAGUUCGGUGCAGGAAGUGCGAAGUGUUCUUGUGCCUGUCUGCCACUAAUGACUGUUUUUAUGAAUAUCGCACCAAGUAAGCAAGAAGGCUGAUCAGCUGAUGACCAAAGAGGAAUUUUUUAUCGCUCUACCUGCAAUAUUUUCAUGCAAUAAAGCCUUCGGUUGACUUUUGC